AGCAAAGUAUUUGGUUGGAGUUCUGAGCUGAUUUAAAAUGCACUACUGAAAUGGCUAACAGAACAAACUCAUCGGAGUAUUUUUGGUCUUAUGAAUAUUAUUGGGAUUAUAUAGAUCCAAUUCCAGUAGAUGGAAGGAAGUUGAAGGUUAAUAAAUAUACUAUCGUCAUAGCCUUUUGGGUUGGGCUUGCUGCAUUUGUGAUGUUUCUCUUCCUUAUUUUGCUAUAUAUGUCCCGCUCUGGAUCAACACCAAUAAAACAGGUGAUUGCAAGGAACCAAGUAGAAGAAAGCAGCUCCAAUGGUGAACAGCCUCACUGCGAUGAUCUCAGUAGCCCAGACUCAGAUUUGAUUGCUCCUGAAAUACCUAACUCCCUCUCAGAUGAAACUGGCAUUCAUGGAAGUAUCUCAGCCUGAGUUAAAAUUGGAACAGAUUAAAUA